AUGAUCAAAAAACUAACUAUGUUUUUCGUAUCAAUUAUCUUUUUAACUAUUGUUACCCCAUCGAUACAAACCGUGACACCAUCAUUAAAAUUGACAUUUACUCCCGAUGUAAAAUUCUAUGCACAAAAUGAUGCAGUUGAAAUUCAUUGUGAAAUACUCAAUCCACUUCCCAACAUGGAACCAGCACAAUUGUGGCAUGUAGAUCUUAAAACUGGUAAACAUACACAGAUAUCUCGUUCAUUAAUUAAAUCGCCAGCAGGUUCUGAUAUACCAGAUACGUUUAAAAAGAAUACAAAUCGACGUAUUGAAUAUAUUCAAAAGAAUCAUAUACGUAUUUCACAUUUACAAAUGGAAGAUUCAGCUAGCUUUGAAUGUAAUUGUCCGGACUGUGAUCAACCGUUAGGUGAACAAAAACGACUUUUACAGGUUAUGAAAAUAGCUCUACCAAAAUGGCAUGUUGAACCUGGUUGGCCCAUACAAGAAAAAGCGAAAGCAAAAAUACGAUGUACAGUUGACGAUUUUUAUCCAUUUGUUAGCUUUAAAAUCAUUCGUAAGCAUCAUGAAAUAACCAGCCUAGGAACAGCAAUUCCAAUCGUUGGCAAUGUCUUUCCACAAAAAUUUUCCUGGGAAGCGGACGUUGAACCCGAGGAUAAUUGGCAUAAUACAUCAUUACAAUGUAUAGUUACUCAAGGUAGUACUGAUCAACAUAUAAUAAAAAAUUUCGAAGUAUUAUUUACUCCACGUUUUGUUCAAUGUGAUGAAAAACAAUAUGUUAAUUCAACGAAAGAAAAUGCUACAAUUGAAUGUGAAUAUUCAGGAAAUCCCGCUCCGAUAUUAACAUGGUUUCGUCAAUCCGAUGACAAACCUCUUAAAUCUGAAACAGGUAUUACAAUUGAAACCAAAGAUGAACAUCAUGGUAAAUAUAAAAGUAUUGUUACAUUCGAUCGUGAAAAAUUAAUUACUAUUCCAUUAUCAACAACUUUAUCAACAACAACAAAACUAAUCAAUGGAAAACCCGAGACAACAACAAAACCAAAAGGCAUAGGAGAUAAUUAUUAUCAGCAAUUAUUAAGCGAUGGUUUUAGUGUUAAAUUAACAUAUAAUAAUGAAGAAAAAGGUACAAGAAAAAUUAGUAUUGUCAGUGAUGUUAAUGACGCACGAUCAAAUUCACUUGAUAAUUCAUCAACAAAAACGAUACAAUGCCUAUCAACAGCUAUUAUCCUACUAUCAUUAUUAACUACUCUCUUCAUGAUACAACGUCAUUAA